AUUUCCUCUUGUCGCCGCAGAAGACUUCUUCCGGCUACGACACGUAUCUAGGACUUGAGUCAGUGGAAAACUGCAACAAAAUGGGUGGACUGAUAAGUUACUUUUCAUCCCUGUUUGGUUCCAAAGAGAGAAGAAUUCUAAUUUUGGGUUUGGAUGGUGCUGGAAAAACUACUAUCCUUUAUCGUCUACAGGUUGGCGAAGUAGUUACUACUAUACCAACUAUUGGAUUCAAUGUUGAAACUGUCACGUAUAAAAAUCUUAAGUUCCAAGUCUGGGAUUUGGGUGGACAGACAAGUAUUAGACCUUACUGGCGAUGCUACUACUCAAACACAGAUGCCAUCAUCUAUGUUGUAGACAGUAUGGACAGAGAUCGUAUUGGCAUCUCAAAACAAGAACUAGUAGCCAUGCUUGAGGAGGAUGAGCUAAAGAAAUCCAUUCUACUAGUGUUUGCUAACAAGCAGGACAUUGAAGGGGCCAUGACUGUCACAGAGGUUGCAAAUGCCCUAGGGCUACCAGCAUUGAAAAACAGAAAGUACCAGAUUUUCAAGACGUCUGCCAUUAAAGGAGAAGGACUAGAUGAAGCAAUGGAAUGGCUUGCUAAUGCUUUGCAGCAGACCAAGUAAUGAGUAAACAGAAUGUGUUGAAUGGAGAUUGUGUAGUGUGUGUGGGUGGCAGUAAGUGUGUAUGUGAAGAAGGUUGCGUGAGAGAAAGGGUGUGAACAAAUAACCUUCAUUGCGACCAAUUCGAAAACAUCAGUCCAUCCAACUACUGACAUUUUGGUUCCUCUUAUCUGAGUGAGUGAAGAUAGAGAGAAAACGGGUGAGUGGCACAAGAAGCAAGACAUUUCAAGUGCAGCAAUUUUUCAAAAUAUGUCACAUUUGGGAGAUCAUUUACACAAUCACAUUGCACACAUCCUAGUCUAAAAGCUGUUUACAUUAAGUCAUUCUGUUAAGUCUGAAAUAAAUAUUUUUAUAGGAAAAACUUGGUGAAGCUUUAUGCUUUGGUUUAUGCUUUAUAAAGAAGACAUGAUUAUAAUCUUAGAAUUAUUGUUUUUAUAAGUACUGUACACGGCCCCAGCUAGACAUGCAUGGAUAUUGAAAUAUGCUCACAAUAAAAAGAAGCCGAACUUAAUAAUUUUAGUUGCUGCGUUGGGCUUGUGUGUGUUAAGGUCAUGGCAUUAAGUUAUUAAGCAAUGAAAACUAGCUGUUCUAUGUACAUUUUAUUCUACGUUGCUUAGUUCACUCUUUGAAAAAAAAGUCUCAUUAAUAUAUAACAGACUAGAAAGAUAUCCCCAGCAUGCCUUUCAUUUUCCUACUUUUUCCUUCAAUCUAUUGUCUCUUCAAAUGAAGUAGGUGGUUUGCUUUGAAUAUGUUCAUCAGUUGAAAGGUUCAGGUGUUGCUCAUUUGUUUUGUGAGACUUGUUAUUUGGAACGCCUUACACCUCUCCCAUAGCUCUUUGUGUUUCCAACAUUUAAUAUGCUGGUAGAUUGUUUACCUUUCAUUUCCCUUACCCUAAUAGACGGCUGCAGAUGAAUAUCGAUAUGAGUUUCUUGCUUUGUUCUUCUUUUAUAUGGUACAUGUCUCAAAUAAGUGUCAUUUUAUUACUAGUAACAUAAUUGUUUUCAGAUGACUAUGUUCACUUCUGUUCACUUCUGUAGGGUGCAGAUAAAAUGCUUGAAUAUUUUUUGGAGCUUAUGGUAGAAGUAUUGGACCCUGUAAUGGUAAUAGUUUUCUAAGAAGCUAAGGCUACCCAACAAUUUGAUAUUUCACCUUUAGGUGGGGAGAAGGGCAAGGUGUUUAGAUACCAUGUCAAGAGUUUUCUUUUGUUAAUUUUGUUUUAACCGCCGAUGACUUUCUUUUAACAGCUGAAGUUUCUCCUUCUGUUUAUUCAAUUAUCUUUUGGGUUUUUUUUUAAUUCCCUUGUCUUUCACAUUAAAAACUUUUGUAUAUCACAUUUGCUAUUCUCCUAACAACUGUUUUUAUUUAAAGGAAACUUUCAGAUCUGUGAAUGUGAAUUUAUGGAACUGUGACGGAUGUGAUCACUUGUUUCAACUUUUCCUUUCCCUCAGAUUUUGUUCAAAGAUACUGUACUACUGUAAAUAAUGUGAACCUCUUUGUCGUGUUUGUUUAUAAAUCUGCUCCUUUUCCAUUAUCAUCAAUGUCUGCAUAAAGAGAAUGAUAAACUACCUGGCAUUAUACAGAGGGAAAAAUAAAACAGGCGAAAAUUUGA